UAUGUCUCAGUUGUUGUAGUUAGCCAAGCGUUAUGGCAGAGUACACUCUGGAAGUGACUACAGGAAGCAUGCUGCGUGCAGGCACACCUGAUAACUUGUAUGUUACCUUGAUCGGUACUGAGAGGCAAUCUGAGCACACUCUGCUGACCAGUUUUGAACAGGAUGAUAAAACCAGAAAGGUAGGAACGUAUUCUGUGACUACGCUUUUUUCUUUAGGAUGUCUUCUCCUACUCAAGUUGGAGAGAGAUCCUUUCCAUGAAUCCCUGGAAAAGGAUUGGUUUUGCUCAAAGAUAGUGGUGAAGACGCCAGAAGAGGAUGAAAUUCUCUUCCCCUGUUACAGAUGGCUAUCCAGGGGGGAAUUUGCGUGGUUGAGAGGGGGAAAAGCUACAAAACCUUCUGAAGAUCUCCAUCCUCGACUAGUAGCGCAACGGGAAAAAGAAUUGGUCAGAAAACAAUUAAUGUACAAAUGGGAGGAGUAUGCAGAUGGAAUGUCAUACAUCUUAAACAUCAAUGAUCCAAAAGCUGUUCCUGCAGAAAUUGGCUUCUCAUUCUCAAAAGCCUUUCAAUUUGCAUACAUAAACAAAGCAGCAUUAGCUGAGCUCAAACAGAAAGGUCUGAUAAAUUCUACUGAGCUCUGGGAAUCCUUGGAGGCCCUUAAGGGGUUCUCCUGGUUCAAAAGCUCCCCCUUCUUAGAGUAUGUGUCACAGCACUGGAAAGAAGACUACUUUUUUGGAUACCAGUUUCUAAAUGGAUUAAACCCCUACAUGAUCCACCGUUGCUCAAAGCUUCCCUCCAACUUCCCUGUAACAGAGGAAAUGGUGAAACCUUUUUUGGCCAAUGGAAGCUCUUUGACUGUGGAGAUGGCGAAGGGCAAUAUAUUCCUUAGUGAUUACAAGAUCAUGGAAGGUCUGCCUACAAGAGUUAUUGAUGGUAAACCAGUGCCUCUGACUGCUCCCCUCUGCCUACUGUAUGUGAAUCCAGAGAAGAAACUACUGCCCAUCGCAAUUCAGCUCGGUCAGCAGCCUUCAGAGGAGAACCCCAUUUUUCUGCCAAGUGACUCAGAGUCCGACUGGCUUCUGGCCAAGAUAUUUGUGAGGCAUGCAGAUUCCCUCUAUGCCACAUUGGUCGUUCAUUUAAAGGACAAUCAUCUUCUGGCAGAAGUUUAUACAAUCGCAACACUCCGCAACCUCCCAGGGAUUCACCCCCUGCACAAGCUGCUUAUCCCCCAUCAUCGAUAUACCCUCAAUAUCAACAUCCUUGCUCGUGCUCUUCUUUAUGGCCCCGGUAGAACUUUGGGAAAUUCGUCACUUGGAGCAGAUGGACAAAUAGAACUAUUGAGAAGGAGGCUGUCCCAGAUGACCUACACCUCCCUCUGCCUGCCUGAAGACAUUGUAGCAAGAGGACUGGAGUCCAUCCCCAACUUUUAUUUCAGAGAUGAUGCACUAAGGCUGUGGAACAUCAUCAACAGCUUUGUAAAGGCAAUGGUGGUGUAUUAUUAUCCAUCUGACAGUGACGUGUCUGCAGAUUCUGAGCUCCAGGGAUGGGUCAAUGAGAUCUUCUACUAUGGAUUUCUGGGAAAUAGUGACUCAGGAAUCCCUUCAAGCUUUCAAACUGUGGAAGAACUCAUCAAGUUUGUCACAAUGGUGAUCUUCACGUCAUCAGUUAAGCAUGCUGCAGUUGCCAGUUCACAGUUGGAUUUUCUAGGUUGGAUUCCUAAUGGUCCACUGUUGCUGCUCAAAGCUCCACCAACCACAAAAGGACAGUCGAGCAAAGAGGCCAUCUUGGCAACUAUGCCAGAUAAAUCAAGUGCAGGAUUUGUUAUGUCAGUUUUGUGGCAGCUCAGCUGGAAGCAUGAUGACUUUGUACCUUUGGGUACUUAUCCCAACCAACGCUUUGACGAGCCUGCAGCCUUACAGAUGAUCAAGGAUUUUCAAGCAGAGCUGUCUUCUCUCAGUGUGGCUAUUAUCAAAAGAAACUCAGAGCUUGAGCUGCCUUACAGUUACUUGAACCCUAAAGAAAUAGAAAACAGUGUAGCUAUUUGACCAAGAUUGCAUUUUCAACAGUGGUAAACAAGCUAUCAUAGUUUUUGUUUUUUUUUGUCCAGUGUAGUGCAAAUAUUGUGUAUCUGAGACAGUAAGUCAUGUACUGUAACUGAAACUGGUAUCAUAUCCUGAAAUAAAGUAAAAGUAAAAAUGUG